AUGAGCGUCGUCGGUGUCGAUUUCGGAACCCUCAAGACAGUGGUCGCUGUCGCGAGAAAUCGUGGCGUCGACGUGAUCACCAACGAGGUCUCCAACAGAGCUACCCCGUCCCUGGUAGGCUUCGGGCCCAAAUCGCGUUACCUCGGCGAGGCCGCCAAGACACAGGAGAUUUCCAACCUCAAGAACACUGUCGGCUGCCUCAAGCGCCUCGCCGGCCGCUCCUUCAACGAUCCCGAUGUCCAGGUUGAGCAGCAGUACAUGACGGCGCCGCUCGUCGACAUCAAUGGCCAGGUCGGCGCCGAGGUCUCCUACCUCGGCAACAAGGAAAGGUUCACGGCGACCCAGCUUGUGGCCAUGUAUUUGAGCAAGAUCAAGCAGACCGCUGCCAACGAGCUAAAGCUACCCGUGUCUGACCUCUGCAUGAGCGUCCCCGCCUGGUUCACCGAUGUCCAGCGUCGAGCCCUUCUCGACGCCGCCGAGAUUGCCGGCCUGAAGCUGCUGCGCCUCAUGAACGACACCACCGCCGCCGCCCUCGGCUGGGGCAUCACCAAGCUCGAUCUUCCCGGUCCCGAGGAGCGCCCCCGCCGCGUUUGCUUCGUUGACGUUGGCCACAGCAACUACACGUGCUCUGUCGUUGAAUUCAAAAAGGGCGAGCUUGCCGUCAAGGCAACCGCCUGGGACCGCCACUUUGGCGGCCGAGACUUCGACAAGGCCCUUGUCGACCACUUGGCUAAGGAGUUCAAGGGCAAGUACCAGGUGGAUAUUUACACCCACGGGCGUGCCAUGGCUCGCACCAUCGCCGCCGCCGAGAGGACCAAAAAGAUCCUUUCAGCCAACCAACAGGCGCCCGUCAACAUCGAGUCCCUCAUGAACGACGUCGACGCCUCCGCCAUGGUCACCAGGCAAGAGUUUGAGGCCAUGAUUGAGCCCCUGCUGAAGCGCGUUCACAUGCCCCUGGAGCAAGCCCUGGCCCAGGCGGAGCUUUCCAAGGAAGACAUCGACGUCGUCGAGAUUGUCGGCGCCGGCUCCCGCGUACCCGCGCUCAAGGAUCGCAUCCAAGCUUUUUUUGAAAAGCCACUUUCCUUCACCAUGAACGCAGAUGAGGCUAUUGCCCGCGGCUGCGCCUUUAGUUGCGCAAUCCUCUCUCCCGCCUUCCGAGUUCGCGAUUUCUCUGUUCAGGAUAUCAUCAGCUACCCCAUCGAAUUUGCCUGGGAGAAGGCUCCCGACAUCCCAGACGAGGACACCAGCCUGACCGUUUUCAACAAGGGCAACGUGCUGCCCUCGACCAAGAUCCUGACCUUCUACCGCAAGCAGCCCUACGACCUCGAGGCACGCUUCGCACACCCCGAAGAGUUGCCAGGGAAAAUGAACCCCUGGAUCGGACGCUUCUCCGUCAAAGGCGUCAAGGUGGAGGGCGAAGAUGACUUCAUGAUAUGCAAGCUCAAGGCCCGCGUCAACAUUCAUGGCGUCUUGAAUGUCGAAAGCGGCUACUACGUCGAAGAUCAGGAAGUUGACGAAGAGAUUAAAGAUGAAGAGCCAAAGGGGGAUGGCGAGAAGAAAGACGUCGAUGCAAUGGAAUCCGAUAGCAAGGAGGCGCCUGCCAAGAAGACUCGUAGAGUAAAGAAGCAGGUCCGCAAGGGCGAUCUUCCCAUUUCCAGCGGAACGUCCUCGCUGGAUGCCACCGCCAAGUCUGCUCUCAUGGAGAAGGAAUCCGGCAUGGUCAUGGAGGACAAGCUCGUGGCCGAUACCGAGGAGAAGAAGAAUGAGCUCGAGACAUACAUCUACGACCUCCGCGCCAAACUUGACGACCAAUACGCCGAGUUUGCCAGCGAGGAGGAGAAGUCGACUAUCAAGCAGAAACUGGAAGCCGCCGAGGACUGGCUAUAUGACGAGGGCGAUGAUGCGUCCAAGGGCGUCUAUGUUGCCAAGCUAGAGGAACUUCGCGGCAUGGCUGGACCCAUUGUGCAGCGUCAUUUUGAGAAAGUCGAGGCAGAGCGACGUGCUGUGCAGGAGCGUGUCGAUGCCGAGCAGGCCGCCAAAAGAGCCGCUGAGGAAGAGGCUCGCAAGGCUGCUGAGGCCGAGAAGGCGGCCCAGCAGGGAGGAAGCGACCAAGAAAUGAAGGAUGCCGAUGCGCCGCAAGCGGACUCGGAGGAAGCCAACGACCCCAAAUAG